GCAGCGUGUCACUGCUGUCGCACAGGAUAUGCCGUGCUCUGACCCGGUAGAACUGAGCAGCCAUUUUAGUUCAAACAUUGUUCAUUCACUCCGCCUCGUGUCGAGACGUUCAUCCACUCACACAUGGUGUCGUCAUCUUUGUCAUUAAAACACUGAAACUGACAUUGAGGAGUGUGUUUCUUCAUGACGACACCAUGGUCGUUGUUGGAUGCCCUGCCCCCGGCUGAGAGUUCAAAUCCGAAGACGUAUCUGAAGCACUCGUCAUUGCCCUAUUGACGAUUCAUGGAUUUAGCCACCAGCACGCAGCGCCUGUCAUGGCCGCGCCAGCCCAGGCCCCAGCCCCUCACGGCCCGAGACUCGAUCGGCCCAAAGUUGAUGUGGGCGUAUCGAUAGAGGAAUGGAACGUGUUCAUCCGCCGUUGGAAUGUAUUCCGCGCCGGCUCAGGCAUAGGGAAUGCCCAGGCCCCAUUCCAGCUGUUUCAGUGGGCUGGGCCUGUACUUGGAGACAGCCUGUUGAAAGCCGUCCCCGACGCCGCUUCCGGACCCUUGCCAGAUCUGAUCGCCGUCAUGCGUUCCCUAGCUGUCAUCCCAGUCGCUACAUGCGUCCUGCGCACCGAGCUACUCCAGUUACGCCAGGAACGCGACGAGACAUUCCGCGCAUUCGCUGCCAGAGUGCGGGGUAAAGCAGAGACAUGCGCAUAUAAUGCGGUAUGCGAGUGUGGUAAAGACGUGGACUAUACCGACCACAUUAUCCGUGAUGUUCUGCUCAAUGGCAUCUAUGACUCGGACAUACGCCGCGAGACGCUGGGGACAUCUGAUGUCCUGGUCAAGCCAGUUAACGAUGUAAUUGCACUCGUCGAGAACAAAGAGAUGGCCCGUAACGCUCUCCCGUCGUCCUCCCUAUCAGCCAUGUCGUCAUUCCGGCGCCUGCAGACGACUCCACAGACGAGCCCCGCCCCGAGCCCUGCGGCCGGGGCUAAACGUGCCUCGUGCCCGGAAUGUAAGAGCGUCUUCAACGUCUUCACGGAGGGGCCUCGCGGGUGGAAUCCGAAGCCUCACCUGGUGUGCAUCGGCUGCUACAGGGCCCGCCGACGACAGAGGCGUCCACAGCCGUCAUCCGACAGUCAACAUGCCGCCAUGGGGUCGGAGCUGGUCUCCCAGGUCUCGUCGGUGCGAGCUGGAGCCCGCCCUGGCCGACGUCACGGGAGCCAUCGCCGACGCCGCGCCCCUACGUCGCACGGCUGUCUCAACAAGCCUGCACCUAUCAGACUCGAGCACCACAUCUUCUCCAAAGGCGAAUGGAGACGAGCCAGGAUGAGAGACCACCCCCGAGCAUUGAUCACCAUCUCGAUGGACUCGCCAGUCGGGCUGAGGGAUGGCACCAGCAACCGGGGCUCGGCCGACGGAGCUCGGAUAUCCGCCGUUGCGGACACUGGCGCGCAGUCGGACCUUUGGUCUCUGGAGGAGUUCCUGGCCUGCGGUUUCGCGCGGGACGACUUGCGACCCGUCAGCCUCAGCCUGUCGGCCGCCAACCGCUCCCCUAUAGCCAUCGAGGGAGCGUUCUUCGCCAGGCUCUCGACGACCUGCAGCGGGGGGCGUGUUACAUCCUGCCGUUCCAUGGUAUACGUGAGCAGCUCAGUCCGGGCCAUGUACCUAUCCUACGAGUCGUUGCUCAACCUCGGCCUCUUGCCCGUGGGCUUCCCGUCGGACGACAUUGCAGGGGGGGCCCCAGGACGGGUGUGGCCCUGA